AUGUCGGUCAAAAAGGAAGCCGUGAAGUCAGCGUCGUACUUUGAGAUGGUAAGUUCAUUAUGUGACAAAAAAAAGUUUUUUGCCAUUUUUUAACUUGUAAGGAAAGUUUUUGCCAUUUUUCGAUUUUUAAAGGCAGUUCUUGCCAUUUUGUGUUUUGAAAAGAAAGUUCUUGCCAUUUUUUAUUUUGUAAAGAUAGUGGCUUCCAUUUUCAGAUGCGUUAUGCUACAAGAACAGAUUGGGCAUUACUAUGGACAGGAAUCUUCUUUAUCAUAUUAUCUGGCAUAACUCAACCUUUUAACACAGUAGUCUUUCGUGGUAUAACUAGUGCCUUUAUGGUUGCUCAAGAUGAAUAUGAACGGGGUACUGGUGUUAAUACUACAGUGUUAUACGAUGAAGUGUUCUAUCAUGCUCAAAUGUACCUGGUUAUUGCUCUUAUUGUCUUCGCCACUACUUAUAUUGCGGUAGGUUGUGGGUCUGGUUAAAAAUUACAGUAUCUUUAGUUAUUAUGUAGGGUACAGUUACAGUGUAUUGUAUUAGGGUACUGUAGUAAGGGUACUGUAGUAGGGCGUGGUACUAGGGAUGCAGUACUAAGGAUACUGUGGUAGGAGUACCGUAGUAGUGUACAGUAAGAAAAUGAAGUAGAAGUGUAAUGUAACUUUUUAAAGUUCAAAUUUUAAAAAAUUUUGUUUGACCAUUAUGUUUUACAGUACGCAUGUUUCUUCAUACUAUGUGAACGCCAAUUAGACAUAUAUCGUAAAAAGCUACUACUUACAAUUCUACAUCAAGAUAUCAGUUGGUUUGAUACGCAUGAAAUUGGAAUGUUAACGCAGAAAAUGUCAUCGUAAGUUGGGGUAGGGUGUUCAGAAAAACCGGGUAAGGUAGGGUAGGGUACGAUAGGGUAAAGUAGGGUAGAGUAGUAAGGUAGGGUACGGUAGGGUAAAGAAAAGUACGGCACGGGAGGGUCUUUUAAGUUUUACAUGUUAACAAUGGCAUUCCAGAGGCAUGGACCGUAUUCGAGAUGGUGCAAGUGAUAAAGUGGUACUAUUCGUUCAUGCUUUCACUUCAUUAGUCACUGGUUUAGUCUUAGGAUUUUGGAUGAAUUGGAAAAUGGCAAUAAUGAUGUUGUUUAUCGUACCUGUUACUUCGUUAAUGACCUAUGUUUCUAGUGUGGUAAGUUUACAAAAUAGUACUAUUUUAGUCAAAAUUGAGGCUGUUUUUAUCAAAAUGUGACAAUUUUUGUCAGAGAAGUACUGGAUUUUCUAAACCGUACUAGUUUCUCAAAAAUAGUACCAGUUUUUGCAAAUUAGUACAAGUUUUAUAAAGAUGGUACUAGUUUUACCAAAACAGUACAAGUUUUUUCAAAAUAGCACUACUUUUAUAAAAAUAGCACUAAUUGGUCAAAGUGGUACUAGUUAUACCAAAAAUUUCCAGACUUCCCGCUCCUCGCUUCAAAAACAAAAUAAAGCCUACGGCAAUGCUGGUGCUGUAGCAGAAGAAGUCCUAAGUGGUAUACGAACUGUCACUGCUUUCAAUGCACAACAGUUUGAAAUCGACCGGUAUGAAAAAUACCUCAAAAUUGGUUGUCAAAGUGGUACUAAGAAGCACUUUUUGGCUGGACUGUUCACGGCUAUGUUCACUUGCUUCAACUUUUCUUUCAUGGGUAUCGGAUUCUGGUGGGUUACUGUAAUUUUUUGGGACUUUUCAAAUAUUUUUCAAAAAAGUAAUUUAGCGGACCUUUUCACAAAUUUUUUGCAAAAAGGUUCUGAGGUCCUUUUCACAAAUUUUUCAAAAAAAAUUUAGCGGACCUUUUCACAAAAAUUUUAAAAAAUACUUACUUUUUGACCGAACACCUUUAGGUACGGAUCAACGAUAGUAUUGGACGGUGGAAUGGCCCCAAGCACGGUAUUCGCAGUGUUCUGGGUUUGUCUUCAAGGCGCCUUCAAAAUCUCUCAAGUGUUACCUCAAAUCACAACAAUAACUGGCGCAAAAGUUUCGGCCGCCGAAAUUUUUGAUCUCAUUGACAUGGUAAGGUUUUUUAAUCUCUUAUUUUACCAUGCCCUACCCUGAUUUGCCCUACCCUAAUCUUUAUUUUGGCGUUCCGUUUCAAUAAAUUUUCGGUAUUUUUCAUGGGUAAUAUGUUUUAUUAUUCUUCUUGAUUUAUUGCGCGAAUCUAAUAUAAAUAUUGUUUGUCCUUUGUAAAAUACGUCUGUUUAAGUAAUUUUUAUUAAACUUUACAUUUUAUAUUAUUUUAGGGCAUUUUUCGAUUAAAAUUCAGUUCUUUCCCAGGUGUCAAGCUAAAACAAGGUCAAGAGUCGAUUGGUAAUUUGUUUUAUAUUAAUAUUUUUGUUGGUUUAGGUAAAGCAAUUGGGAAGCUAACUCAAAGGACAUUUUUCAUCAAGUUUCGGGAAUCAUCUUUGUGUGUAAUGACCUUGAUGUUGUUUUAGUCAAAUUUUUAGAUAAUAAUCGAGAAUUUGGGCUUGUUUUGGAUAUAAAAACAUGGAGAAAUAAUGAGAAAGACAUUGCUGAUAGCUUAAAAGUGUUUUAAGUCAGAAAUAUGCCCACAUUGGAUGUUAUUACCUAAAAACCUGGCUAAAACAACAUCAAGGUCGUUUCACAAGAAGAUCAUGCCCAAAACUUGAUGAAAAAAGUCUUUUCAAUUGAAUUAACAUUUGCUUUACCUAACCCAACAAAAAUAUCAAUGUAAAACGACUUAACAAUGGGCUUUUGACCUCUUUUUAGUUUGAAACCUGUGAAAGUGCUUGAACUUGCCUACUAUAAUAUAACUUUUUAUAAUUUACUAUAAUUUAGGAGCCAGAAAUUGACUGUGAAGGAGAUAGUGGCAUAAAACUGGAUGAUGUUAGCGGUGAUAUUACCUUCUCUGACAUUCAUUUUCAUUACCCAAGUCGACCGAACGUUCAAAUCCUAAAUGGAGUCUCAUUUGACGUUAAAGCAGGUGAAACAGUGGCUCUAGUUGGUCAUAGUGGAUGUGGUAAAUCAACUUUGAUCAGUCUAUUGAUGAGAUAUUAUACUCCUGAUAGUGGGCAUGUAAGUUUGAGAGGGUGAACAAUAAAAAAUUUUAAAAAAAUUUUUUUUGAGACUUUUAAAAGGGGUUUUAAGUCUUGACGCCAAUUUACGAUGUAUUUGACGGUGAAAAACGACAAGACUUAAAAAAUUUUUAUAUUUUAAAAAAAUUUCAUUUUGAUUUUUUUUUAUUUCAGAUUACGAUUGACGGCCAAACCUAUGAAGAUAUGAACACAAAAUGGCUGAGAAGUGUAAUAGGUAUAGUUUCACAAGAACCUGUUCUAUUUGCUGCUACCAUCUCUGAAAACUUGAGGAUGGGCAAAGAAAAUGCAACUAGAGACGAAAUGAUUCAAGUUUGUAAGGAUGCAAAUGCUCAUGAAUUUAUUUGUAAACUACCUGAUGUACGUUAUAUUACCCUACCCUUGUUCUUAUUUAUACUUAUAUCUUUAUCUCUACCUCGUCUUACUCAGCCUACAUUUUUUAUAAUCAUAAAUUUUAGGGUUACGACACCUUCAUAGGUGAUGGUGGUGUUCGCUUAUCAGGCGGUCAAAAGCAACGUCUCUGUAUCGCUCGUGCCCUCAUCCGAAACCCUAAAAUAUUACUACUAGAUGAAGCUACCUCGGCCUUAGAUACAGAAUCCGAACGUCACGUUCAAAAAGCGAUCGAUCAAGCAUCAACCGGUCGAACCACCAUAAUCAUUGCUCAUCGAUUAUCGACUGUUCGAAAUGCUGACAAUAUCAUCGUAUUCGACCAUGGUGUUAUUGUAGAACAAGGUACUCACGAAAAGUUGAUGGAGCUUGAUAGUGUAUAUAAAGGACUGAUAGAAGCUCAGUCCAUUGAGCAAUGUGAUGAAAUAGAGGAUAUUAAGAUUGAUGAUGAAGAUAACUAUGUACCUGAUAGUAGGCCAGCUAGUAGGACCAGUUCGUUGGGAAGAUACGAUUCAAAACGGGCUAGUAAUCGACUGAUGAGGUCGAUGACAUCGGUUUUGCAGAAUGACACGGAAAUUGAGGAGUGGGUCUUAAAAAAUAUUACUUUUCAGGGUAUUGUUUGCUUGGGCACGGGUUUUUUAUUAUAGCUGGGGCAUCUGCUUUAUUUUAUUAGGGAUGAGAAUUUUUUUUGAAAUUUGUAGUAGACAAUUGCCUGUCCUGCUCUUUCUUAUUCCCCGGUUAACAUCACACAGUUUUUAAAAUUUUAUAUAACGAAGUCUCUUUAUAACAUACAAAUUUUUAAUGCCCUGGUUUGGGGUAAUUUUUGCCCUGCCUUUGCCCUCCCUUUGCUCUGUCCUUGCCUUGCAUUUACCCUGCUCUUGCUUAUCUUUUGUCUUGCCUUUGCCCUGCUACAGUCCAGCUUUUGCUUUGCACUGCAUUUGCCCUGCAUUUGCUUUGCAUUUGCCCUGCUUUUGCUCUUCCUUGUCUUGUCUAUCUCUAUACUGCUCGCUCUCUUGCCUUAUCUUGUAUUUCAUUGAUUUGUCCGCCCUUUAUAAAAAGCAUCCAUUUUAUAUCUAAACACCCCUUAAAUUUCAGUAAAAUCGAAGAAAUGGAGGAAGAAGAAGCCACCCAAGCCACCCUCAAAGACAUCUUCACUUAUGCCAAAAAAGAGCGAAAAAAGUUUGUCACCGGCCUGAUCUGCACCUUCCUUCGUGGUGCCACUUUGCCAUUGUUUUCCUUGGUAUAUGGUCGUAUGUUCUUAUCAUUGGGACAGGCGUUGAAUCCAGAGAAUCAUGAUCGUGUGUCAGCUGAAUAUGCCGUUAAUGCUGUGUUGUUUGUCUUAUUAGGAAUGUUUUCAUUCGUUUUUACUUUGUCAUCUGGAGCAUUAUUGGGGAAGACUGGUGAACAAGUUACGCUGAGGCUGCGGCUGGCCGUUUUUAGGGUAGGUUUGACUGCAUUUUUUAGAUAGGCUUAAUAAGAUUCUAUUUUUAAGUUUUUUUGGGGGGGGUAUUUUUGAUGUAAAAUUUUUUGGCAGUAUAUUUUUAACAUAUUUUUUUUUGGCAGGGCGUUUUUGAUAUAUUUUUUUCUGGGCGGUGUAUUUUUGAUAUAAAUUAUUUUGGGCGGAGUAUAUUUUAAAUAUUUUUGAUAUUAACUUUGGGGGGGGGCUUUUUUACUUCAUUGUUUGGGUGGCAUACAGGGUAGGGUAAAGUAGCGUAGGGUAUGUAGGUUAGGUAGGGUAUGCAAGGGCAAAAAUUCUUUGACUAGCCGAAUUGUUCUAGAACAUUCUCCGCCAAGACGCCUCCUACUUUGAUGAUGCCAAGCACGCUGUCGGCCGAUUAACUACCCGUCUCGACACGGACGCUCCGAACGUUCAAGCCGCGAUCGAUCAACGGCUUUCUGAGGUUUUGCAAGGUGGUGUUGGCCUAAUCUGUGGUGUUUCUAUUGGCAUGUACUUUAGUGUAAUAUACACUCCGGUUGCCUUGUUAUGCGCUUGUUUUACCGUGGUGUUCCAAGUCUUUUUAACGAACUGGCUGAAGCGAAGAAGUACUAGUGAUGCUUUAUCGGCCGAAGAGGCUUCUAGGGUGAGAUAUACAUUUUUUUAUUUAGUAGUUGGUUUUGUGAUUUGUAAAGAAAGUUUUUGCAAUUUUUUUGGUUUGUAACGAAAUUUUUUUGCCAUUUCUUGUUUUGUAAACAAAGUUCUUGCCGUUUUCUGUUUGAUAAAAAAAGUUUUUGCCAUUUCUUGUUGUGUAAAGAAAAUUUUUGCUAUUUUUUGUUUUGUAAAGAAAGUUCUUGCAGUUUUUAUUGUAAUUAACGAUCUUACAGUUCAUUUACUUUUCAGAUAGCAUCAGAAGCCAUAGAGUACGUAAAGACAGUACAAGCUUUAACGAGACAAAAGCUGUUGUUCAAGCACUUUUGUGAUGCCACUUUGGAACCGAAAAGACGAGCCAUAAUACGAGGACUGGUUCACUCAAUUUCAUAUGGAGUUUUAAAUUGUUUUAUGUCGGUUAAUUUUGCAUUAUCGUACUAUUUUGGGAUGUUACUGGUCAACGCUGGACUUUUGGAGCCUUAUGUCGUGUUUCAGUAAGUUACCGUAUCUUAUCCUACUCUACCAUAUUCUACCAUGUUUUACUCUACCCUACUCUACUCCACUCUACUUUAGCUGUGCUCUACCCUACGUUACUCUACCCUUCCCUACCCUACCCUAUUCUACCCUACCCUACCCUACCCUAUCCUACCUUACCCUACCUUACCCUACCCUACUCUAUUCUACUCUACCUUACCUUAUGAUAUCCUACCUUGUAUUGUCGCUACUUACCGUACGCUACCUUGCCCUGACUAGCUGUAGCCCUACUCUAGCCCUACUAAAAUCCACAUUACCCUACUUUAAAGCCUCUACCUUACCCCUACUAUAUUUUACUUUAUAUAAAACCAAAUUUCAGAGUAAUAGAAGCUCUGAACAUGGCUGCGAUUGUAAUUAUUGGAGCCUCAUCCUAUUUGCCAGAGUAUAUCAAAGCCAGAGUUGCGGCUGGAUUACUGUUCAAGAUGAUGAAUUAUGAACCAAAGAUUGAUUCCAUGUCGGAGAAUGGCAUGAAACCGGUAAGUUGCUUUUAAAAUUUUUGAUGGUACUUGGGGUACAGUAACAUCCGAAGGUGGAUGAGAUUUUUUUAGGGUACAGGGACGUCGGUACGCGGAUUUUCUCUUGGGAGGGGAGGUAGAGACCCAAAAUUUUUUUUUGGUCUACAGGAGGCCGCUACCUGAUUUAAAAUAAGUUUUUUUGUGUGCAUAUUAUCUGGGGGGGGAGUCACCCCGAACGACCCCCCCCCUUUCAAACGACGUCACUGGUAGGGUAGGGUAAGAUAAGAGAGGAGUACGGUGAUGGAUAGGUUGGGACAGAGUUUGGCACGGUCGUGUACGGUAAGGUAAGGUUGAGUUUAGUAUGAUACGGUAAGGUUGGGGUGAUUAGGGUAGGACAGGAUAUAAUGUAUUUGGGCAUGGCAAAGUAGGGUAAAAAAUAGAGGGAAGAUGGGUUAUGUCAGAAAAAAAAAUUAAGUUGAACUACCCCACCAUUCAAAAAAUUUUAAAGUCUUAAUCAAUUUUUUAGGCCAUAAAAGGAGACCUGACCUUUGACAAAGUUUUCUUCGCCUACCCCACCAACCCCAACCAUCAUGUCAUCAACAACUUUUCUCUUGAAAUCAAAAAAGGAGAAACAAUGGCGCUAGUCGGACCGUCUGGGUGUGGUAAAUCAACUACAAUACAGUUGAUCGAACGAUACUAUGACAUUCUAUCUGGCAGUCUGAAAAUUGAUGACACUGACUACAAACAGAUAUCGAUCCGACAUCUUAGGGAGAACGUUGCAUUGGUUUCACAAGAGCCAACCUUGUUUAACAUGUCUAUUUCACAAAAUAUUUCCUAUGGGCUGGAGCAUGUCACAAUGGAUAGGAUUAUUGAAGCGGCCAAGAUGGCCAAUGUUCAUGAUUUUAUCGAUUCGUUACCUAAUGUAAGAAGAAUUUUAAAAUGAUUUUUUUAAUUUUUUACAGUUUUAAAACCAUGACACUUUUAAGUGUCAUGUUUAACAAAAGAAAUUGUAGCUAAGCGCGAAUUGUGAUUUGUCGUAUAACCUGUCACCCGCAGACUGCAACAGACAAUAUGAACGCUUAUUGGCUUGCAAAUGGCAAAAGUGUUCAUUACACCAUAAGAAAUGACAAGAACUUUUUUACAAAACAAAAAAUAGCAAGAACUUUCUUUACAAACAAACAAAUGGCAAUAACUUUCUUUCCAAAACGAAAAAUGGCAAGAACUUUCUUUCCAAUACAAUAAAUAACAAGAACUUUCUUUACCCAUUAAAAAUGGCAAGAACUUUCUUUACAAAAUAAAAAAUAGCAAAAACUUUAUUUACAAAACAAAAAAUGGCAAGAACUUUCUUUACAAAACAAAAAAUCGCAAGAUUUUUCUUUACAAGGCAUAAAAUAGCAAGAACUUUCUUUACAAAACAAGAAAUAGCAAGAACUUUCUUUACAAAACGAAAAAAAACAUAACGUAUUUUACAAUAAUUUUUAGCGCUACGAAACUUCCGUAGGCGCCAGAGGCGGUCAACUAUCCGGCGGCCAAAAGCAACGAAUUGCCAUAGCACGUGCUAUAAUCAGAAAUCCAAAAGUACUCCUAUUAGACGAAGCUACAUCCGCCCUAGAUUCAGAAUCCGAAAAAAUCGUCCAAGCGGCUUUGGAUCGGGCUAGCGAAGGACGGACGGUAAUAUCGAUAGCUCAUCGCUUAUCGACAAUUCAGAAAGCCGACCAGAUUGCGGUCGUUAAGGACGGAAAAGUGUUGGAAAUGGGCAAACAUCAACAGUUAUUGGCUCGGAAGGGGCUUUAUUAUCGACUGGUACAGAAACAAACCGAGUGA